CUGGUGGCUGGAGGUGGAGGACAUCCAUGUCCUGGGAGGAGGUGGAGGUGCUUGGAGGAGGGAGAUGUCUGAGGAGGGGUUGGAGGGGCUCGCUGGAGCAGCCCAGGUUUCCCCCCAGCUCACACCCAGCAUGCCAGGGGCUGGUGCUGGGGGAAACCUCCUGCCCAGACUGUGCUGUGCUGGCCAAAGGCUCGUGGUGCUUUUGGGAGCCUUUGGUUGCCUCUCUCCAGCUGAUCUCCAGUCCAAGGUGGUGUCCUGAGCACCAGAGGCUGAGCAGCCCAGCCCUGGGUUGUUUGGGGUCUGUGCUUUUAUUUUGCUCUUUAAAUCUCUUCAUUGCCUCUUGCAAUCAGUCUCUCUCCAGAAGAGAGCCCAGAGCCUUGAAAUCACUCUAAGCCUGUUGCUGCUCACAGCAGCCACUUCCCGGAGGUUUAAUCCCAGCCACGGCUCCCUGCUGGCAUUCCUGGCUGGUGGCAGGAGCCCUCCUGCUGCCCUUGCUUUGGCACCUCACCCCAGCUCCAUGGGGACGUCUCCCAGGCGUAUGUCACCUCCAGAGCCCAGGCAAAGGAGCCAGGAUCCCUUUCUGGAACGGCCUGCAGGUAAGGAUGGGUCCUGUGUCCCAGGGGAGUGCUGGGGGACAGGGUGAGGGUGGUUCCUCUGCCCUGGGCUCUUCCACAGAGCCCUCAGCUGGCCCUUCCUGCCUGGAAGCAGCCAAGUGAAGGUGCUUGUUCUGUCCCCCAUGGAGUCACCCCGUUGUCACCCCUGUGGGCUCACAUUUGGCUGUGAUCACGGCCCCAUGGCCACCGGGGUGGCCGGGGACAUUUUAAGAAGAUAAAAGUGAUUUCUUGCUGCUCGUGCUGGCAGGGGCCGGUGCGGCCAGAGCCAGGAGGAUUAAAACAAUUUCAUAAUCCUGGUGAUUUCCUUUUGAUCGGGAUUAUGAAACCAAUCACGAAUAUCAAAAGCCACAGCUUAAAGCAGCAGCCGGAGCGGGGCCGGGACGCCCGGGGCCCCCUCAGACCCUCAGGGAUGGCAGCCCUGGCACCUCCGGGUAAGCGCUGCCCACCCAGGACCCCCGUCCUGCGUGGGGGGCAGGAUGGGGGUGUUGGGGUGCAGGAUGGGGGUGUUGGGGUGCAGGAUGGGGGUGUUGGGGUGCAGGGCCUCGGGAAGGGGGCAGGAUGGGGGUGUUGGGGUGCAGGAUGGGGGUGUUGGGGGGCAGGCACGUGUGGCAUGCCGGGUUUGGAGUAGGGAUGUGUUUGGAUGCGCCCAGCUCGGCUCCCACCGCCCUCCUGCCCGGGAAUGCCACGGCCCUGGCUCGCCGUGGGUCCAGGCAGCAUCUGGCCUCCGGAAAGCAGAAUUUAGCACAGCUGCAGCCGUGCGAUGCUCGCAGGAAGGUGCCGAGAGCCGGCGGGCUCUGCGGCUGCAGAAAUGGCCCCGAUGCGGGAGCGGGACCCCCCCGCAGCCGGGCAGGGCAGACAAAGGACAUUCCUGAGGGAGGCCAGGGCAGGAUCCCUCCGUCCCGGGCCGCGGGGCUCCCCUCCUGUGGAGUUCCCGGGGUGGCAGCGCUGUCCCCAGCGUGGCGGUGGCCCGGCCCUGCGGGGACCGGGCGGUCCCGGGCCGGCUUUGGCCGGGUGCGCGGAGAGGAGGAGGAGGAGGAGGAGGAGGCGGGAGGCAGGGCCAGCCGCGGCCCCACAGCCCAGCCAAGCGGCUGAGCUCGGGCUCGGCUGGAGGGGCUGGGAUUUGCUGGUUUGGCCGCUUUUUUUUUUUUAAUUUCUUUUUUUCCCCUCCCCUGCUUCCUUCCCUUCUUCCGCUUUCUUCUCCUUCUUCCCAGCCCUCUCCCGAUGCUGCUCCGGGGGAACCAUGGAGGGGAGCCCUCCGGCUGAGGCGCGGCGCCUGCCGCGGCCCCCCAAGCCGCACCCGCAGCGCGGCCGGAGCCCGGCCCCGCCGGAGCGCCCCGAGGCCCGCGGCCCGCACGCCGUCCUGGAGGGCAAGGUGAAGGCGCUGAAGGAGAAGCGGGGCGGGCGGCCGGGCACCCCCGCGGCCGCCCCCGAGCGCCCCUCGCCCAAGAAGGCGCGGCCGCGGCGGGGGAAGGCGGGCGCGGAGGAGCCGCGGGCGCAGCUCCGCACCUACCUGACGGACGGGCUGCUGGACGGGGCGCAGCCCCCGCCCGCCCCGGGGCUCUGGAGGCUCCCGGCAGCCGGGGGAGAUGUGCCCGGGGGGGCCGAGCUUCCCCCGGACAAGGGCAGCGGGUCCUGGCGCUGUGCCUCCCUCCGUGAGAGACCCUCCCUGGAUGAAGAGGCGCGGAGCCCGCUGCGGGAGCGGGAGCGGGAGCGGGGCCGUCCCUCUGUGCCCGCGGCCCGGAGCUGGGAGAGGCUCCCGCUGGCUGAGCGCGUGGAGAGGAACCGGCGGCUGCUGCAGGAGGUGCUGGGCCUCGCCGCUCCCGAGAUGCCAGCGAGCGAUGGGGACUGGGACUCGGGGGUUUCACUGCAGGACGCUGAGGGCUGCAGGGCCUCGGUGGCCGGGCAGGAGCUGGAGCUGAGCCCGCGGCACGAGCAGGCCAAGCAGCUGCUGCAGCGCGCCCGCAUGAAGGCUCGCACCAACCCGCUGCGCGCCAGCCACGACAUCCUGCUGCUGCCCGCCGCCCUCCCGCAGCCCAGGGAGCCCGGCGGGAGGCCCAGCGUCGCCCCGCGGGACGGAGGGAGCCUGAGCGACUCGUCCAGCGGGGACUCGAGCUGCGGGCGGCCGCGGCGGCCGCGGGGACCGUCCCCGUCCCGCGUCCGCUUCGAGGACGAGUCGGCCCGGGACGCCGAGGUGCGGUACCUGGAGCGGCUGCAGCUGCGGCACCGCCGGGCGCUGGGCUCGGCCAUCGCCUCGCCGGAGCCGGCGGGCAGCAGGCAGCCGGGGGACGGCGCUGGCCAGCCCAAAGCCCGCAGCGGCGACCUCGUGGCCGGGGGCAAGUGCAGCGCCUGCGGCUCCUUCCUCGGGGCUGCCGCCGGCCGGGGCACGGACACGCAAGCUGCCCCCGAGCCGGCCAAAAGUAGCCCUGCGGCACAAAGAAGCGUUCCGGGGGAUAGCAGAGGGACGGGCGCUGCCCAGACAGAGCCUAAAAUCAGGCCUCUGGGCCCCGGAGGGUCCCCGCUGUGGAUCCUGCCCUCCCGGCAGCGCAUCCACACCGAGAAGAUCAAGGAGACCUACAUCGGGGAUGUCACCUACAUCGACGAGGUGGACUCGGCCCUGGAGAGCACCGACACCUCGGACGGCUGCCGGACGGACAGCGAGGAGGCAGGACCGCGCAGCCCCCACCUGCGGGGGCACCGGGACCCCCGCGCCCGCGGGCACAGAACUGCCCGCGCUGCCCCGCAGCCGGAGACCAGGGCCAGGAAAGGAUCGGGUGUGCCCAGCGGGGGCCCCGAGCACGGGGACUCGGGGCCGGUUUGCCCCCCAGCACCGGGAAGAACCAGCAGCCGGGAAGAUGGGGAGCCCCAUCAACACCUGGGGGGCAGCAGGGGAGUGGGGAACGCAGCUCGCCCCCCGCAGCAGCCCAGUGAGCCCCUGGAGCCUUCCUCGCAGCUGAGGACCAGCACGCCCAUCCCAGGCACCCACGUCCCUGCUCCCCCUCCUACCAAGAAGGCCUGCGCCCAGGUGCCUUGCAGGAAAGCCCUGUUCUCCAUCGGCAGCCGCCAGGCGCCGAGCCAAGGAGUGCGGGGCCCGGAGCCGGCUGCUGGCAGCGCAGCCCCACCGCAGCCCGGGGGCACGGCGGGGCCGGCCGGGCGGCGGAGUCCCUGCAGCCCCCGCUGGCUCCCGGGGAGCCCCCUCCGUGCCUUGUCCACCAACAACUGCAACAACACCCACGGGCAGGACGCCCCGGGGGCGGGCAGAGGGACACUGUCACACCCCGCUGGCAGCGCUGUCACCGCCGUGCCCCCGGAGGCUGCUCAUCCUGCCGGGGAAGGUGCCGGGAUGUCGGGAGCGCAGCCCCAGCGGCUCCCGGCCGGGAACGCGGUGCACGGGGAGCCGGGCCGGCCCGUGAGCCGCAAGGGCAGCAGCGCUUCGGCCUCGGCGCUGAAGAAGCUCCUGUGCAGCCUGAGCCAGAGCACCAAGCAGCGCCUGGGCCGCUUCCGCUGCUACAGCAUGGAGCAGCUGCCGGCCCCCGGCGGCUCCCCGCAGGGCAGCCCCGGCGUCAGGAAGUCACCGUCCCUGCAGUCGCUGCAGCUGGUGUCACCCUUCUGCCAGCCCCAAAAAGCUGCCUCUAUCCAGAGCCUGCAUCCCCAGCUGGGGAAGGCAUCUCGUGCCAGUGCCUACCUCCUGCCCCAGAGCACGGCUGACAGGAAGGGGAGCUCGGGGCCGCAGCGCUCGCUGAGCGUGGAGGACAUCGGGGCGCCGGGCCAGCUGCGCGCGGUGGGGCGCGUGGUUGAGGUGUUCCCCGAUGGCACCAGCCAGCUGGAGCUGCAGCGACCGCCCCACGGCGCCUUCGGCUUCUCCGUCACCUCCGGACACGGCCGGCCCGACACAGGUGUCUACGUGCAGGAGAUGGCGGAUGCUGGCACGGCCAAGCUCUACGCGGGGCUCCUGGGCGUGGGGGACGAGAUCCUGCAGGUCAACGGCGCGGCCGUCUCGGGGCUGGGGCUGGCCCGCAUCCGGCAGCUGCUGCUGCAGGCCGACAGCCUGGCCCUGCGCGUGCUCCGGCAGCGCCCGGCGCCGCGCUAGCCUGGCACGGCUCCCGCCAGGCCGGCAAGAGAGGAGGAGGAUGUCCCGGUGAUGGGAGGAGGAGCAUGGCCCAGUGAUGCCCCAGGGUGCUGCAGAAUGGCAUGGCAUGGACCAAGCUGGCUCGCAGCGCCAGGACCUGCCCGGCUCCACUGCAGUGGCUUUCUUUGUGCCCCUGGGAGAGCGUGGGACCAAGGACCCCCCAGAGUCUGCAGGAGCUGCCCAGGUGUGAGGGACAGGGGACAGCCUGGCCCCAACAGAGCCGGGUGGGCCUGUCCUGCUGGGCACUGGGGUGACCAGCAUGGGGACACGCCAUCUCCAUGACCCCAGGAGACACAGGGCUUCCUGCCAGCACUGCCACCUUGUGCUCGAGGGCUGGUGAGGUUCUUUUAAGUUAUUUCAAACUGAAACCCAAAAAUACAUCUCUGCAAUAACAAAACAGUGCCCUUGGCUUGUGGCAUGGAGGGGUUGGGGUGGCGUUUGUGGCCUUGGGGGCCCUGGGCAGGUAGGCAGGGGGGCUCAGCCACCUGCAGGGCUCCUUGGGGAUUUUGAGGGGCUCUUUUUUCCAGCCAUGGAAGGCAAAACACAUCCUUGGAGUGUUUCCAGCAGCAAUGGCUGCCCUCUGCACAGUGGUGCUCCACAUCUGGGCACAGCUGCCCACAAUGCUGAGGUGACCCCAGAAACUGCAGAUGCUGCUUAUGCCUCAAAAACCAGGAUGGUGAUGCCUGGCAAAUGCUGGUGGGAGAGCUUUUCCCACUCCCUGCUGCCAGGAGACCCCGAGCUUGUUCCGGGAGCAAGAGUCAGGCAAGGAGGAGUGGAGAUCUACGCUGCUGCACCUUUAUUUAGUGUUAAAGGGAAGGGCACCACCAGCGACAGAAAAGCAAAUGUACACGAGGAAAGGGACCAGAGACACUCGGGUGGCUUGAGGUGAUGUCAGCAGCUGGGCCACCCCCUGGACUACCAAAGGAGCCCUCCUACAUGGGAGUCAUUCCCGAAGGAUGCACAAACACGCUGGAAUUAACACGGGGAUCAGAGGUGUGCAAACAGCAGCCAGCAGCGAGCACUGCUCCCUGCCCAGACCCGUGCUGCUGGGAACUGCUCCUGGAGAGCUACAGACCCACGGAGUGGCACGGACAGUGCUACAGCCAGCCCCGGAAAGCAGACCCCACCUAUGCCCUGCAGGGGUGCUCUGCAAGGAUAAGGAGCCACUGGACUCGGGAGUGCGGGUGGGCGCCGAGGCACCACGUGUGCGUUACUGAGGAGCAGCCGGGCGCGGGCGGGGAGGCUCCGUCCGGGGAGGAUCCAUCCCGGGAG